AUGAUAGUACCUAAACCAGAUGAUAAAUCAGCUCCAAUACCUAUACAAUCCAAAUCUUUGAUCAUUAAACCUCCUUUUCCUGAGAGAUUAGCCAAGUCUAAACGAGAGAAAGAAGAGAAAGAGAUCCUUAAGACAUUUCAUAAAAUAGAAAUCAAUACACCUUUACUUGAUGCAACUAAACAGGUACCUCGCUAUGCAAAAUUUUUAAAGGAAUUAUACACCAAUAAAAGAAAGCUGGUAAGUUACCAAAACGUCUGUAUGGACGAAAAGGUGUCUACUGCUUUUCAAAGUAAAAUGCCUAUCAAAUGCAAGGACCAAGCUAUGUUCACUAUCCCUAUCAAAAUUGGCAUAGUGGGGGUCAAGAAGGCAAUGUGUGAUUUAGGUGUAUCUAUAAAUGUAAUGCCAUUGUUUAUUUAUCAAUCUUUAAAUGUUGAUCCUUUGAAAGAAACUGGUGUGGUGAUACAAUUGGCUGAUAGAUCAGUUAUAUACCCUGAGGGAGUCUUGGAGAAUGUGCUUAUACAAGUUGAUAAUUUAGUAUUUCUUGCUAAUUUUUACAUAGUUCAUAUGGAUGAUGAUAAAUCUUCUAAUACAUCUGACCUCCUAUUAGGUAGACCUUUCUUGACAACUGCCAGAACAAAAAUAGAUAUUUUUGAUGGCACACUUACCAUGGAGUUUGAUGGGAAAAUUAUAAAAUUUAAUGUGUAUGACAGCAUAAAAUACCCAAAUGACUUUUUAAUGCUGGAGGAUGUUGACUAUGAACUUGAAGCUAAUAAAGUCAAAGGUAAUGUCUCUACUUUAGAAUUACCUAUUACUCAUUCUAAACUUCUAUCAUCUAUUAUGCAGGCUCUACGGCUGGAGUUGAAAUCAUUGUCUACUCAUAUCAAUUAUGCAUAUCUUGGGGUAGAAAAUUCAUUACCAGUAAUUAUCUCCAACAUGCUGACACCAUAUGAGGAAGAGGAGCUAUUGUGA